CAUGUGAAAGGUAAAAAUUGGCUAUUUAUUUAACCAAAUGGCGAGUUCCUUCACUUUGCAGCUGUGUGUGCGUUUUUUUUUUUUUUCACAACGUUUUUGUUUUACCGCGUGUGUGCGCGGCAGUAACAUUUAAAGGUGUAAAAAGUGCAACUUUUCCUUUGCGCAAAAUAGGCAAUUUUUCUCUUCCACGCAAAGUAGGCAGUUUUUCUCUUCCAUGCAAAAUAGGCAAUUUUUCUCUUCCAUGCAAAAUAGGCGAUUUUUCCCUUCCAUGCAAAAUAGACGCUUUUUCUCGUCCGCACAAAGCACACAGCUUGCCCAAUCCACGCUCCAAACAUGGAAAACGUAAGCAAAAGGGACACCCUUGUGAAUUAUUUAAAACUGUGCAACAAGAACGAUAUGGCGGAGGCAGUGAUGAAAUACUGCGAUGAGGACCGGGGGAUAGUUUUCAACAGGCACCCCGCCAGAAACGAGAACAAAUUUGGCGCGAUCUACGACUACGCGGCUUCUUCGCAGUCCAAAAUAUCAAGCGCGACGAGCUCUUCGCACGAUUUAAAGGGGUCAAUCGAAAGAGGAAGCGAUGUAAGCAAUGGAAGCGAUGGAAGCAAUCGAAGCAGUCGCAGCAUAGUGCAAUCCAAAUGCUUCUAUAAGAGUAAAAGCUCACUGGAAAGUGUGCAAAGAGAUAAACAGCCAAGCAGUUACAUAUCACGCGGCAGCAAAGAGGAAGUGCAGGAGGGAGUAGUACAGUCGAAUGACCCCAUUUCCGAUGUGCUGGAUGACAUGUGUGAAAUUGUAGCUCCUGAAGGCAAGGGCAAGUUUUUAAAAUUUAUAGGGGAAAAUUACGUGUACGUCUUGCUGGAAAAUGGCACAUACAACUGCUACCCCCUGGACCUGCUCAAGCUAAAUCGAUCCUACUUGAAGACGAACGCGAUGUUCAACCUUCGAUUGAACUACAAAGACAGGGCGUUAAAUCACACUAGGAAUGUCUUCAAAGAUAAAAUUGCUUCCUUGCAACGGAAGGAGACCCCCUUAAAUGCACAGAAAGGGACUUCCAACGAGUUUGUCGCUUUUCCUGCACACAUGGACCAUUUGAGAGACUACAUAAUGAAAAACGACUCAGAGGAGGAAAAGGUUUUUUCGAGGAAUUACUUGGAGAACCACUUGGAGAAUGAAGAAUCGUGUGGGGGUGAACAUCACAGGAGCUACAUACCUGGCCACCACAAUUUGGCUAAAAAAACUGUUAAUGUUAAAUCGUUAAACAGUAGGUACACAUUGGAGGGGUCCAAAUGGUAUGCCCCCACUGAUCUCAAAAUUGCAAGUGAGGAAAACUGCACCGCUUGCUGCUGA